AUGGCUUUCCGUGCAGCGUGCGUGCUCUUGGUGACGGCUGCCACAGCAGUCCCCGAUGUAGCAACUUCGGACUGGUGUGCCUGGGUCCCGUUGAAGGCCCUGUCGUACGUGCCCGGCUGCAACGGCACAAACGUGACUCAGGUGCAGACCACAAAGGGCUGUGCCACCUGGUGCCCAUGGGUGCCAAAGCCGGCAUGGAAGGAGGUACCUGACUGCGGCAUUUGCAAUUCAGGCGCUGCAAUCGCAGCUGCGGCCGGUGCCGAGGCAGCUGCCGAGCGACAGCCAGAGAUGCCGAGCUCACGGCUCAAGGUCAAGGCGCAGCUGCAAGCGCCCAUCUGGUGCCGCUACGUCCCGCUGGGAAGCCAGCGAUAUGUGAGGGAUUGCGGUGGGAAUCAGGUCCCGCAGUUCUCCAGGGCAGGGCAGGGCUGUUCGAGCUGGUGCCAGUGGGUACCGCAGGGAUCCUGGCAGUACACUCCGGACUGCCGAAGCUGUGGUGGAGCAGGCACAGGGCCUGCGACACCUACGCCGGUGGCUCCCCUGAGUCCUACAGCACAAUGCGUGGACUGGUGCUCUUACGUACCGAGCUCAUCUUGGCAGUACACUUCUGAAUGCCAUGGCUGCUCCGGACAGGGUCCUGCAACUGGCCCUGGGACCACAAAUCUUCCGGGCGCGAGUUGCGCGAGUUGGUGCCAGUGGGUGCCGGGCAGCUCCUGGCAGUACACCCCAGCUUGCCGCACUUGCUCUCCAGGAUCUGGAGGCCCUGUCAUGGGCCCGACAGCGCCCGCUGGAAACGGUAGCUGUGUGAACUGGUGCCAGUGGGUUCCCACUCCGUCUUGGCAGCACACUCCGGAAUGCCGAGCUUGCAACACCACAACACCGCUGCCAGAGGUUCCUGCUGGGAAUGGAACUUGUGUGGGCUGGUGCAAGUGGGUGCCUACGCCCUCUUGGGAGGUAACUCCUGACUGCCGCGGCUGCUCUGGACUUAAGCCUUCAGCGCCACUGCCAGUUGGCCCCGACUCACCCAGCCACAGCUGUGCAAGCCAUUGCAAGUGGGUGCCCCGCCCCUCCUGGGAAUCGACUCCGGAAUGCCGCAGGUGCUCUGGAAACGUAACCUCCCCUUUGCUAGUGAGGCCUGCAUCUCCAAUCAACUCAAGCAACGGAACUUGCGUGGAUUGGUGCCAGUGGGUUCCCACAGCUUCAUGGCAUUAUACCCCUAACUGCCAUGAUUGCUCCGGCCAGACAGCGGUACCCAAUGGAACAACACUCCCUCCCAGUGCCAGUGGCCGCAAUACCAGCUGUGUGAACUGGUGCCAGUGGGUUCCACAGCCGUCCUGGGAGUACACUCCUGACUGCGGCAACUGCUCCGUGCGAGCACCAGCCAACUGGACCAACAGCUCUGCAACAACGAGUAAGUACUGUGUGAAUUGGUGCCAGUGGGUCCCCUACAGCUCUUGGCAAUUCACACCAGACUGCCGUAACUGCUCGGGAUCUGAAGGAACGGAGGAGACACAGCCAGGCACACCCUCCAGCCCAGCAGUCGGAGCAGGAUGCGCCAGCUGGUGCGGCUACAUGCCUGGCUCGUCCUGGCAGUACACUCCAGCAUGCACGGGCUGCUCUGGUGGAAGUGGAGCUCCGCCAACGGGUCCGGCCACACCCAGUGGUCCAUCCACGCCUAGUGGUUGUGCCAGCUGGUGUCAGUACAUGCCGGCCUCAUCCUGGCAAUACUCCUCAGGCUGCACCGGGUGCGAGUUAUAA